AGGCAGGUAGCUCUGUUGAGUGACUGUUGUGUAUAAGCACAAGCGGUCUCUCUUUUUAGCCCAGGGUAAGGUGUAAGAGCUCCGAUCGAAGAUGUCUCUUAUGGAAGGUCUUCUCCUCCAGGCUCCAAGCACGGUGACACUGCUGGGGGCUGUGCUGUUUCUGCUCGUCCUCUACCUCCUCUCCUCUAGUUCCAGCUCUGAGGAACAUGGGAAGGAGCCUCCAGGACCCAGGCCGCUGCCCCUGCUUGGUAACAUGCUCCAGCUGGAUCUCAAAAGGCCCUACCAGACCCUCUGUGAGCUGUCCAAGAAAUAUGGCUCGGUGUUCACAGUUCACAUUGGACCCAGAAAAGUGGUCGUUCUCGCAGGAUACAAGACAGUCAAGCAAGCACUGGUCAACCAUGCAGAGGAGUUUGGGGACAGGGGCAUCGAUCAUUUGUUUAGUGAAUUAAACAAAGGACACGGUAUUGUAUUUGCCAAUGGAGAUUCAUGGAAAGAGAUGAGACGCUUUGCCCUUACAAACCUUAGGGACUUUGGAAUGGGCAAGAAAGCGAGCGAGGAGAAGAUCAUUGAGGAAGUUCAGUACUUGAUUGAAGUGUUUGAAGAACACAAGGGUAAAGCAUUUGACACAACCCAGGCAAUGAAUUACGCUGUUUCCAACAUCAUCUGCAGCAUUGUGUACGGCAGCAGGUUUGACUACUCUGAUCCACGGUUCCGACGCUCGGUGGAUCAAGCCAAUGAGUCCAUCCGACUCGGAGGAUCUAUUUCAAUACAGUUGUACAACAUGUUCCCAUGGUUGGGCCCCUUGCUGAAGAACAAGACACUUAUCUUGAAAAAUAUUGCCGACAACAAGGGGGAGAUGAAGGAGCUGGUGAGGGGGCUGAAGGAGACUCUCAACCCGCAGAUGUGUAGAGGCUUUGUGGACUCGUUCCUUGUCCGAAAACAGACCCUGGAGGAAUCAGGCAACAUGAACUCUCAUUACCACACUGAGAAUCUCAUACAUACUGUGGCCAACCUGUUUGCUGCUGGUACCGACACCACGGGGACAACCCUGCGCUGGGGUCUGCUGCUCAUGGCCAAGUACCCCGAUAUACAGGACCGGGUCCAAGAGGAGAUAAGCAGAGUCAUAGGAAGUCGUCAGGCCUCGGUAGAGGACAGGAAGAACCUGCCCUACACUGAUGCAGUGAUCCAUGAGACCCAAAGACUGGCCAACAUUGUACCCAUGUCCGUCCCUCACACCACCAGCCAAGACGUCACCUUCCAGGGAUACUUCAUCAAAAAGGGGACUGAUGUGAUACCUCUGCUGACGUCUGUCCUGCGAGAUGAGAGCGAAUGGAAGAGCCCUCACACCUUUAACCCCGACCACUUUCUGGAUGAGGAAGGUCGAUUCGUCAAGAAGGAUGCCUUCAUGCCCUUCUCUGCAGGUCGUAGGGUGUGUCCAGGAGAGAGUCUGGCCAGGAUGGAGCUCUUCCUUUUCUUCACCUCCCUCCUGCAGCGCUUUUGUUUCUCUCCUCCUCCCGGGGUAAGAGAGGAGGAUCUGGACCUCACACCAUCCCUGGGGAUCACCCUCAAUCCUUCACCUCACCAGUUGUGUGCUGUGAGCAGGUUCUGAGAUGAAAGUCUGGGUCCAAUGUAUAUUACACACUAAACUCUCAACUUUAGACAAACAUACUGCAGGAAUAUGCUGAAAAACUAUUUUGUCACUGCCCAUGGACAUGAAUGAUAUGAAUAUAUACCUGGCUACCAACCUUUUAGGGAUACCCUAGGUGGGGUCCUCAGUGUCCGCAGGAAGUGUACGUUAUGAUUGAGAAACCAAACUUGGACGUUAGGAUCCUAUUAUUAGACUGCAAGUGCCCUUAUCCCCACUGAGGUCCAUAGAAGUCAUAUCCUUACCCACCACUCCAGGGAAAAUAUUCUUGGUUUGUAAUUCAAGAAUUCAAGAAUACAGUCCUAAGAACAGUCACAUUUGUAAAAUUGUCAUCUAAAUGAAUAAAAAGUGUAAACUCUAA